ACCAAAAUACUUCUUUAAACCAACAAGAACCAAACUUAACACUUCAACAGUUACCUUCCUUAUAUCAGAAUAAUACUGAACAACAACAAUUAUUAACUGAUAACACACAUCAACAACCUUCAUAA